AUGGUGCUACAAACUGGUGCGUUGGUACUAUCUGACAAUGGUGUCUGCUGCAUUGAUGAGUUCGACAAGAUGAAUGAAUCAACGAGAAGUGUUUUGCAUGAAGUUAUGGAGCAGCAAACUCUCUCCAUCGCUAAGGCAGGCAUUAUCUGUCAGCUGAAUGCGCGAGCAUCUAUUUUGGCUGCAGCAAAUCCCGUAGAUUCAAAGUGGAACAAAGAUAAGACUAUUGUGGACAAUAUACAGCUGCCUCAUACGCUUUUGUCUAGAUUUGACUUGAUUUUCCUAAUGGUUGAUCCUCAUGAUGAGGCUUACGACAGGCGUCUUGCGAACCAUUUAGUAUCGCUUUACUACAAGGAUAAGACUGAGUCUCAAGCUGAACAGCUUGACAAGGCUCUGCUGAGAGAUUAUAUCGCGUAUGCAAAGGCUAAUGUCCAUCCAAAACUCACCGAUGAAUCGUCGCAAUUUAUAAUUGACAAAUAUCUUUUCAUGAGAAAGGCUGGAGCUCAGCAUGGCCAAAUCUCCGCUUAUCCUCGACAACUGGAAUCGCUCAUCCGACUAUCAGAAGCCCAUGCCAAGAUUCGCCUUUCGGAGAAUGUAACCAUUAAUGAUGUGGAGUUCGCCUACAAUCUAUACCGUGAAGCCCUGAAACAGUCAGCAGUUGACCCGGUGACUGGUAAAGUAGAUGUAAAUAUUCUUGCUGCCGGAAUGAGCUCCACAAGCAGAAAGAUGGUGCAGCAGGUUGCUGAUGCUAUCGCUAGCCAUCUAGACAGUACUAAAGGUGUUAAUGUCUCAGCUAAGAAUCUUUUCAUGACGUUGAGACAGGCAGAUAAGAUGUUGAACCGUGACAUUUUCGACGAAGCACUGAACGAACUUGCCAAGAAGGAAGUCAUUGUUAGAACUGGAGAAAGAAUUCGUUACUUGACAGUCAAGAAUUAG